UGACACAGGGACCCCUCGGGAGGAAGGAAGGACGACCCCCGCCUCUGCCCAGCGCCACCGCCGCCUGCAACCAUGAACGGCACAGAGGGGGAAAACUUCUACGUGCCCAUGUCCAACAAGUCGGGGGUGGUGCGCAGCCCGUUCGAGUACCCCCAGUACUACCUGGCCGAGCCCUGGAAGUUCUCGGCGCUCGCCGCCUACAUGUUCUUCCUCAUCAUCACCGGCUUCCCGGUCAACUUCCUCACCCUCUAUGUCACCAUCCAGCACAAGAAGCUGCGGCAGCCCCUCAACUACAUCCUGCUCAACCUGGCCGUGGCCGAUCUCUUCAUGGUGUUUGGCGGCUUCACCACCACCAUCAUCACCUCGAUGAACGGCUACUUCAUCUUCGGACCCACCGGCUGCAACUUUGAGGGGUUCUUCGCCACGCUCGGUGGUGAAAUCGCUCUUUGGUGCCUUGUGGUUCUCGCCAUUGAACGUUAUGUGGUUGUUUGUAAACCCAUGAGCAACUUCCGGUUUGGCAGCCAACAUGCCUUCAUUGGCGUUGCUUUCACAUGGAUCAUGGCCCUCUCUUGUGCUGGUCCCCCGCUCCUUGGAUGGUCCAGGUAUAUCCCAGAGGGAAUGCAGUGUUCGUGUGGGGUUGAUUACUACACUCUGAAACCUGAAGUUAAUAAUGAGUCUUUUGUCAUCUAUAUGUUCACCGUCCAUUUCUCCAUCCCACUGGCUGUUAUAUUCUUUUGCUACGGUCGUCUGGUCUGCACAGUCAAAGAGGCUGCAGCCCAGCAGCAAGAGUCAGAGUCCACUCAGAGGGCGGAGAGGGAAGUCACCCGAAUGGUGAUCAUCAUGGUGAUUGCCUUCCUUGUCUGUUGGCUGCCGUAUGCUGGGGUAGCUGCCUACAUCUUCACCCAUCAGGGCAGCGAGUUUGGCCCAAUCUUCAUGACCAUACCAGCAUUCUUUGCCAAAAGCUCAGCUCUGUACAACCCUCUCAUCUACAUCCUGAUGAACAAACAGUUCCGUAACUGCAUGAUCACCACUGUUUGCUGCGGCAAGAACCCAUUCGAAGAGGAGGAAACCACCUCAGCCAGUGCCAGCAAGACAGAGGCUUCAUCUGUCUCUUCCAGCCAGGUGGCCCCUGCAUAAAACCUCAGCUCGGCAAACUCAACGGAGGCAGAAGUUGGCACGGCACUUCCGUCCGGCCUCUGCCAAACAAACUGAUUGUGUUGAGGUUUGAAGGCCCAAGAUUUCCAAACCCAAAGAAUUUCAAGCUGUAUCGGAUAGUGGAACUUUUCAACUGUGUGGCAAAUAUUUGAACAGAGCCAAUCAUUUCAUCCUGAGCUUUGUGGUAAAACUCUGAGUCUAAUGGUGAGCACUGCCUGCCAUGUUGUGAAGAUAUUGUACAUUAUUUCAUACAAGCUGGCAGCCCUGAUCUCUCACACUCCCUGUUCUUUAUAAAGUCCAAAUGCUUUUUAAAAGCCCAUCUUAUCUGCAAUCGAAUCCGUCCUCCUAGCCCAGCUCUGAUCUAGCAGAUUUAGAACCAA